AUGUCUUCUAAAUUUAGUAAACUGAUGACUACACUAGAUCCCAAACGUGGUUACAUUGUUCAUUACCGAGCUCUAAAACAAGCUGUAAAACAUGGCGUGGUAGUUAUCAAAUUGCAUAAAUGUAUCAGAUUUAUGCAAUCUCGUUGGUUGACUCCUUACAUUCAGCUUAAUACGGAUUUGCGCAAAAAAGCGACCACCACGUUUGGACAAAACUUACCCAAAAUGAUGAUCAACUCAAACUACGGAAAAACUUUGGAGAAUGUUAGACAACACCAAAAUAUCAAACUCGUAUGUAACUCGGAGAAAUUGUCAAAGUUGGCUGCAAAACCGUCGUAUAGCCACAGCACCAUAAUCAAUGAAGAUUUAGUUGCUGUUCACAUGUACAAGGAGAGGAUUAAUUUUUAUGAACCAAUUUUUAUCGGGCAGGCAAUAUUGGAUAUCAGUAAAACUAUAAUGUACAAAUUCCAUUAUGAAGUUAUGUUACCGUUAUAUGGACCGGAAAGGCUCAUGUUAUGUUACAUGAACACCGAUUCUUUUAUCUACCUAAUUUUGACUAAUAGUUUUCACGAUGAUUUGAAAAAUUACCUGCUCGAAUAUUUCGAUACAUCCAAUUAUCCAACCGACAACCCGUGUUACACCGAUAGACGUAAAAAACAACCGGGUACGUUUACUGACGAAUGCAAGGGCAUGUACAUGCAAGAAAUCAUCGCAUUAUUGCCCAAAGUCUAUGCAUAUUUGACAACUCUGCAAAACUACAGUAAUCAAGUGUUUACGAGAGACGUCGAUGAAGUGAAACGAUUGAAAGGUGUGGGUCAAGGUGUAGUCAAACACGAAAUCAAGAUGGUUGAUUAUUUAAAUUGUUUGCGGGACAAACAAUAUGAAAGAAAAUGUCGUUAA